CAUCCAUAGAUAAUACACUUAAUAUCUAUCAUCUGUGAUUAAACCAUCAAAAAUGAAGUUUAUGAAAAUCAGUAAAAAAUAAACCCUUUCAUUAAAGCUAAUUAGUUGUAUAUUUAAGAUUCUGCCGAAAUAAAAUAAAGCAAUACUGAAUAAAUUGAGGACAAUAAUAAACACUUCGAAAUAAAAACCAUUGGAUGUAUGUGUAAUGGAUCUUCAUCGGCAAUUGAAAACAAUAAAAUUUAAGUUCACUUCAAAGGUUUCAUUACUUUGUGAGUUCCUUAUUUCAGUAUAUUUUUGAAAAAAAAACAUUCACAUUGGCUUUUUGAAGGUAUCAUGAACGAAAAAUAAUUAUCAGGUAGUAAUUUGUAAAAAAUGGAUGAUCGAAAGGUAGCCGAUUAUUUUGUUGUGGCGGGGCUACCUGAAACCCCCGAACUGCUGGAUGAUUCUGACUCUGGUCACUUGAAGGGAUACAGCUGCAAAGCUCCUAUUACUGAUAUUGGCGUCGUAUUUCCAACUUUAGGUGAGACUGUCCCAGACGGUUAUGAAUUAGUGGAAACGACACCGACGGGUCUUCCUGCUGACUUGAAUCAUGGCUCUAUGCGAUCGCCGGAAUGCUUCCUUUAUCUGCGAAGAGGGAGGGAGCGUCCACCACUCGUCGACAUCGGUGUCAUGUACGACGGAAAGGAGCGUCUAAUGGCUGAUGCGGAAAUGGUUCUCGAGUCGUCGGGCGGUCGUGUUGCCAACGUAAAUAACUCAGCAGCGAAAACCUUCAUCACGUACAGACGGGCCCACCCCGGCGCCCCCUGCAACGCUUUGGUAGUCGUCGACGUGUGCGUGAUAAUAGUCAGCAAAGGGGAAUGUCCACCUCACGCUUUCUGUAUGAUCGCGAAGAAUUUGAAUAAAGGUUUAAUGGGCAGCGAUGUGUUUUUGUGCUACAAAAAGUCAAUGAACCGUCCACCGUUAAUCUCAUACAAACCAGAUGUAUUAUUCAGGUAUCCUGUGACGGAUCGUCGCAGCUUAGCAUUUCCACCUUCAGUGCCGUUGUUCUGUUUGCCGAUGGGCGCGACUUUGGAACUGUGGCCGAACAACGCGGCCUCGCCCAAACCGGUGUUCUCAACGUUCGUUCUGACCGUUGCCGACGCUACCGAAAAGGUUUACGGUUCUGCAGUCACCUUCUACGAGAGCUAUCCUUAUUCAGAGCUAACGGAAACCCAAAUGGAACUGCUAGGAUGGAGGGCGAAUGUUUCCCAGAACACGCAUUCUGUUCACGUCGUCAAAAGCGUUUGCCUCCUGUCUCGGUGGCCCUUCAGCGACACGUUCGAGCGUUGGCUACUGUAUAUACUUGAAAUGUCUUGGAGCAAACAACCUUUGAACAUACCAGUAGAAAGAUAUAUUACACAUUUACUAGAGGAAGUGCCUUUCCCAGAACCCACCAUUUUGCUGCAGCUAUCCCCAUCGAACCCGAGCGACAGAGUCAUAGUGACGCGCCGCGACGAUCAGCCCCUGGUCCGCAGCGGGGCGAGCUUCAGGCAGCUUCUCUUAAAUCUGGGACCAGACAACUGUUUGUUAUUACUGGCCCUCGCCAUUACCGAGCAAAAGAUUCUCAUACAUUCACUAAGGCCCGAUACACUAACAGCAGUCUCAGAAGCAGUAUCAAGUUUACUGUUUCCAUUCAAAUGGCAAUGUCCUUACAUACCGUUAUGUCCAUUGGGUUUAGCAGAAGUAUUACACGCGCCACUGCCGUAUUUAAUAGGGGUCGAUUCGAGAUUCUUUGAUCUUUACGAGCCCCCUCCAGACGUUACGUGCGUGGAUCUAGACACUAACAACAUCACGGUAUGCGAAUCGCAACGUAACAAUAUAUCGAUAAAAUUAUUACCAAAAAGACAAGUUAAAGCUUUGAAACAGACUUUGGAAACAUUAUACGGGAGCAUACGACCAGCAUCACCAAUACAUCACUCGAGCCGAAACAGAUAUAACGGAGAAGCUACGACUAGUUUAGAUAGAGAUUUUCAGAAAAGGAAAAAAGAGCAAGCGUUAGAGUUGAAAAUUCAAGAGGCGUUCCUUCGGUUCAUGGCGUGCACGCUACAAGGGUACCGCAGCUACCUCAUACCGAUAACGAAGGCUCCCACAGUGGGCACCACCGACCCCGACGCCCUGUUCCAAAUGAACGAGUUCCUGCGAUCCAGGGAAAAGACCCAACAACGCUUCUUCACUUUAAUGAUGCGAACGCAAAUGUUCACGCGCUUCAUCGAGGAGAGCUCGUUCGUGUACGACGCGGACCAGGGGCUCACGUUCUUCGACGAGUGCAUCGAGAAGAUAGCGAGCGGCGAGGAGCGCCUGCUCGGGAUGGACACCACCAAUGCCUCCGAGAGGACUGUGUUUCUGCUGCCGCCAGAUCCUCCAGACCCGCAGAAAACCUACACUUACGAGAAGUUCAGUCUGGACUUGAACUUGAUCAGCGCGUGCAGCGGGCUGGGGCGCGGGCUGGGCGGCGCGCUGCAGCUGCCGGCCGCCGCGCUGGCGUCCGCCGAGUCGCUGGCCGACGCCUCGCCCAUGGCCAAGCGCACCAAGCACGAGGUCGCCGCCGCACAGAGACUGGCUCGUAAAGCGAGUCGGUCGCCGGAGGCGUGGGCCAAAUGUUUGCUGGGCGCGUGCUACUCGCUAUAUUUUCUGACGCUUCCCUCUCGGCUCAUGCUGAACAGAGGAAAAGAACACGCUACUUUGAGAACAGCAUAUGAACUCUUGGAACGAGCCGCUAAACUCAAGGUGCCCUGUGAUGAGGUGUGUUACCGAGUAAUGAUGCAGCUGUGCGGAAUCCAUUCGUUUCCUGUAAUGGCUGUGCAGCUACUGUUUCUGAUGAAGAGAGCCGGCCUACAGCCCAACGCGCUGACGUACGGAUGCUACAACCGAUGGGUGCUCGAAGCUAAUUGGCCUAAAGAUAUGCCCAGCGACUCGAAGUUGCUAUGGAACAAGCUUCGGUUGGCGGUGGUCGGUGCUGCCGUAUUCCGCAGAGCUGGAGCUCAACGCGCCGGCAGGAACGGAAGCGGUUCGCUGCUCAUGCCUACUUCAGGUAGCAGCACGUUGCCGCGCGUGCGCUCCGCGGCGGCGGUGGGGGAGGGGGCGGAGCUGGCGGCGCUGGCCGGGUUCGCCUCGGAGCCGGCACACAGCAGAACCAGCCUCGACUCAGUGUGCGGGCGCGAGAACGAGGCUCGGUGCAGCGCGUUCGAGGCGCUGUGUCGGCGCGGGAACAUCGUGCGGGCCGGCGCCGCCGCGCGCCCGCCCGCGCACGCACUCUGCGCCGCCGCCGGGAUACUCAUCUCCGGUGUACCGUCGAACCCCGACUUAAGUUCAUCGACAAGGCCGAGAAGUAAUUCACUAGGGAACGAUGAGCCAGAUUCGCCUAUUACUGUGUCGGAUAAAAGACAGACUAUCCACGUCAGCCCUGACAGUCCAUCGGAUCUUCGCAUUCUAACGAGAUCAGAAAGUUUCGCGGGAGACGCUCAAAUAGUGCAGAACUUGCAGAGGCUUUCGUUUACGGGUAUUUCGAACGCGAAAACGAAGUGUUCGAGGGCGUUGAGCUUCCCUGAGGAAUCUGACAAGGACGUGGAUGUUGAGACGUUGAAAACAUCGAAGGCUUCUCCGCUCAGAGUAUCGCCAAGAACACCAGUACUAAGUGACGACCCCCUGGGUGCCCUGAGCGUCCCCCCUGUCCCGGACGAGGCGGCGCCCCCGCGCACCCCCUCCCCCGCGGACCCUCCUCUGCCGAAGCACGAGCUUAGCGUCAGCCCUAAGCUCUUCCAUCGCCGCAGCAACUCCUUCCAGGAUGAUCCGCCCGAACAGUUAGGGAAACUGCACAGGAGCGAGACGGUGCCCGCCGGGACGGUCUCCUCGAGCCUCGUUAGCCUUGGGAACACUCUGAAGCUCAAUUUCGGACGCUAUUCGCCUGCACGGCUGUCGUUGCGAAAGGAAAACAUGAAAAUCGGAAAGGCUAUGAUCGAGAACUACUUCAGUCCGACAAGCAUGGCCGGUAAGAAGUCCAACGAGCUUCUUCAGAGCGGCCUCAGCAGUCUGAAGUCGGCCGCCACGAGCAUGGCGAAGAAGUUUGACGAGAUGAAGGAGGUCAUAUCCGCGAACUCGACGCCCGUCAAGGGAGCCAUCGGCACCGCCACCAGCGCGCUCGGAGCCUUCCGGGCGGACGACGACGGGGUCGACGCCUCCUCGGAAAUUAACUCUGAUGAACUUAUUGGAGGUACCGGCUUCAGACGUGCAUCUAGUGAGGCGGAGCUCGCCUGCUCCAUGGAGCGCGGAUCUUUAGCUACGCUAAUAUCUCAUCUACCCGACAAUCUGUAUCCACAGACCUCUGCGCCCGUGAAGCCGGAGAGCGUCGGCGUGUCGGUGCACAUGUCGUCGUGCUCGCAGUGCCACCAGUGCCUGGCGCUGCUGUACGACGAGGACAUCAUGGCGGGCUGGGCGGCGGACGACUCCAACCUCAACACGCGCUGCACGGCGUGCGGCCGACACACCGUCCCGCUACUCACUGUCAAGAUAAUGCGUACAGGACAAACGCAAACUGAAACUCUGACUGUGCCUUAUUUAAAUCCUCUGGUCCUCAGGAAAGAAUUUGAAUCUGUAUUAGGUAGAGAAGGCGAUUCCUGUCUGAUCGAAUCCGAAUUUGUCGAAUCCCAUCCGAUAGUGUAUUGGAAUUUAGUAUGGUUCCUGGAACGAGCGAACAUCGAAAGUCAUCUGCCCGAUUUACUGUGUCCGAAUUUCCAAGCGAAAUAUCAAAGUUCGGACAACCUGUCUGAGGCCGACAAGUCCGAGCGCGUGGUGGAGUGCGGCUGGGAGCGCGGCGGCGAGGCGGAGGGGGGCGCGGGGGCGGGCGCGCUGCACCGCGCGUGGCGCCGCCGCCGCACGCACCGCGCACACUCGCGCGCGGUGCAGGCCCUGCUCCUCACGCAGCACGACGCCGCCGCACACGCAGUGGCGCUGGCCGUACUGAACGGGUUAUUGAGCAACAACCUGGCGGACGCGUUGAGGAAGCUGGCCGAGUGGCGGGAGAACACGAACGAGAAUAAACGAUACUACUCCUUCUACAGAGACAUCCUCUUCUUGGCUAUGGCUGCGCUUGGAGAGCAGAACAUCGACUUCAUCGCCCUGCAGCGCGAGUACACGCGGGCCCUCGACCAGCUCGGCCGGGAGGCGAGGCCCCAGGACCUGCCGCCCUCGCCCACGGCGCUCUGCUGCAGGCACUACUUCAAACGGCUGCGGCUGUUACUCGACGAGUGACUGUCAACCACCGUCCACAGCACUCGCAGAUAAAUACGGCUUGCAGACCGGGCGUUGCUCGCAAUAAACACCUCGCUCACGUUCAUGGAAACAAUGUUCGUAUGAUAGCGUCUAUAGUGGGUACAUCGAAUAACGUAACAUCGACUAUUUUUCAUUUAUCAACCCUAGUAAUCACGUAAUAUCAUAUUGAUCGAGACCUUACAGCAAUAUAAAAAUUGAGCUUAUGUCAUAAAGAUUUCGUAAUUGGCUAAGCUAACGUGAGUUGUGGAUGGAGGUGGGGGGGGGGGGGGGGCGAUCACUAGAGAAUGGCGAAUCGAAAAACUCGAUGAAAAUGUGGUUGUUACGUUAAAACAAAAUACAGUAUAUAACGAAUAGUAAGGAUAAGCAUAUUUCGAAGUGUUUCGUAGCCAUUUUCAUGUCGACGCCCGGUUCUAGUGUUUAAAAACGACAGCAAUAUUGUAUUCGCUUUAAUUUCUAGACUAGGGUUUCAUUGUACGGAAACCUGUGAACGCAAAGUAUAUAACCUUUUUUAAAAUUGAAAUUUGUUCGAUACGUAAUUUUGACGCAAUAUUUCAGUCACAUUUCGUAUAGUGGUUUGUAGGCAUGCGACGAAUGGAAUAAUUUAUGUUCUAGGAUCUUUAACCGUUUCCUGUAUUUAUAUAUUGAUGAAAAAAUUAUUGAUUGUAUAUAAAAUCAAUUACAUAUAACAAAAUCUGGAACUGUUUGUUACUGCAAUAAUAUUUUGCAUGAUACAUGAAAUGAUAUUGUGUCAAACUUUUAAUCUAGUUUUCAUUAUUAUUGAUUCUUAUUCUUUUCAUUUUUUCUUGUGAAAAAUUAAUUUAUUUUUUCAAUAUUUGCUAUAUAAAUCGAAUAAUACCGUCCAUAUUAUUGCGGACGUUUAUUUACAUAACAAUCAUUGCUUGCCCGUCCAAUCGACUGGGAACAAAGUAUUUGGAUGGUACAAAAAUAAUUUGAUUAGCAUGUAAAAUCAAAGUGAUAAUUAAUGUAUGGCCUAAGUUUCACGAACAUUGCCCCAAUUAAAAACAACGGAUCAAUUUAUUUUGGCAUAUCCAUUAACGAUUGUGGGUGCUAACGAUAGGUUCGGAUUGUAGUAUUUAAAAACGUGUAUAUUCUGUAUAGAGGUUAAUGGUCAUGCUGAGGUGUACAAGUAGUGCUUGAUAUGAGUCAAUGAUAAGUAUUCGUCUUGAAACUGGUUGAUAUUGGUAUAGCAUCUUAUGUAUUCAAAUAAUAUUUUUACCAAAUCAACAUGUUUUUCGGCAGCCAAAUUUGAAAAGUAUUGAUUGAACUGCAAUAAUUUAAAAAUCUAUUGAAUUAAAUGUAUUGAAACUGUAUUUUGCACAGAAUUGUUAAAUGAGUGUUAGAGAUUCCUAUGUAUUGUUGGAAUUGGCUUUUAAAAAUCAUGCUGCCAUAUGUUAUAGUUACCGAAAAAGAUACAACAGGGAAUGAGAAAUAGGUUCAUGUUCCUCCAAAGUCAAAUCAAUACUCAAAUAACUAAGUCUUUAGAAAAGUUGAAUCACAAUAUUAAUACAACUAACAUAAUAAUUGAUCACAUAUAAAUAGUGGAUACAUGCCACUAGUUAUUGUGACUGUAUUGUUUUUAAUUAAAUUCCUAAAAACGUGUACAUACAAUAUGACUUUAUGCCACUUAAAAAGUGGUUAAUAAUAUAUUAUUCGCCAGCAAAUUUAGGCAUGUACAAAAAUGUACAAUUACAACCAUAAAAUGUAUUUUGUCAAGUGUACAAUAAUAACUGAUGGAUAAUGAAUUGUAGAGCCAUUGGGUCUUCAUUCAUGAAAUAUUUGUGAACUUGUGUUAUUUUUUUGACAUGAUAUGAAAGGCAUAUAAUUUUUUUAUAAAAAAAUAAAUAAGGCUUCAUUCAAAA